AUGGUCGCCCGCCCGCCUCUGAAACUCCUCAUGCUCCAUGGCUACACACAAUCCGGCCCUCUCUUCCACGCCAAAUCCCGCGCCCUGGUAAAACACAUCACCAAGGCAUUUCCUCUUCACGAAAUCUCCGCCAUUUACCCAACGGGCCCUCUCCGUCUCAAUCCCGCCGACAUACCCGGAUACACGCCCAUGGAAGACUCAAGUACCGGCUCUGACGAGAAGGAGGAUAUCGAAGCAUACGGCUGGUACAGACGCUCGAAUACCGCGGAGCCGCCGCUGUACGUUGGACUCGAGGACGGGCUCGAUGCCAUUGCAAAGGUUCUAAAUGAAGAGGGGCCAUUCGACGGCGUGAUCGGAUUUAGUCAGGGCGCUGCGAUGGCGGCGAUGGUUGCGAGCUUGUUGGAGGGGGAGAAGAGGAGGGAGGCGUUUGCGCGGUUUGCGCCGGCUUCGUCUUCGUCAGCUGGGGUGGAGGGGUUUGUGUAUCCGGCAUCAUUUGCGAAAAUCGACCAUCCCGCUAUGAAAUUCGCGCUGUGCUAUAGUGGGUUUCGGUCGCCGGGGGAUCGGUACAGGGCGUUCUACGAGAGUCCAGCGAUCCAGACGCCUAUACUGCAUGUGCUGGGGUCGUUAGAUGCGGUUGUUGACGAGACGAGGAGUCGGUCGUUGGUUGAGGCUUGCGUUGGGGAUCCGGAGAGUGAGGGCAAGGUUGUUUGGCAUCCUGGGGGUCACUUUUUGCCGAGUCAGCGGCCUUAUUUGGAUGCUGCGGUGAGGUUUAUUAGGGAGUGCUUGGAGGGUGGGCAGCAGGGAGGUAAGGGUAAGGAGGAGGAGGACGUAAAUGACAUGGACCUGCCAUUUUAG